AUGCCGGAAAGUUUUUUAACAACAGAUAUUAUUGUUAUCAUCGUCUUAGUGGUUGUAUUAGUUCUAGUCGGUGUAGGUGCAUUUUUAAUCCAUUUUUAUUGGACAAAAAUUGGUGUGUCUGAAAUUUGGAAUACAGCUAAAUGGAGUUCAAUGCGCAGUUCAUUGUAUCAAACAAUGCGUCGUUUUAGUCGAGGAAAUACUAGUAAAUUUACUUCUGAACCGCCUUACUCUGGUACAUCCAUUUAUACAGAAGAUAUCGAUGGUAUUGUAUCACCGGACCCAUUACACGAUAGGAAAUCGAAUCCUCCUGUUACUACUUAUAUAACAGCUCAAAAUAAUUUUCCUUCAAAUAGAAACCUCGAUAAAUUACCGUCCACAAUUGCAUAUAAAAAUCCUAUACAUGAAAACUAUGCAACAAAAAUUGGUCAACCAAUUGAUAAUACAAUUAUUUAUAAUGUUCAUGAACAUAAUACUGCAUACAAUGAUCCAUCUACUUUUAUACAAAGGCAACGUUUCUAA